AUGGGGAAGACGCACGAUGUGGUGACGAACUGCACGGACUGCGGCAAGAUCGCCUGUGUGAAGGAGGGCGGCUUCGGCUGCUCCUUCUGUGGCUGCCGGCUGCCGACCACCGGCCGCGAGCCUCGCAGCGCCGCCAGCGGCGGCGUCGACGGGGCCGCGGGCGCCACGGCGCCACAGUCGGCGGCGUUGAAGGAGGCUCUGGAGAGGAAGGACAGGCUCCUUUUGUUUGACCGGACGUCGGCCUCGCGCACCCGCGUUCUCGACGACCAGGGGGACUACUUCACGAGCCACAACUGGCUGUCCCAACGGGAGCGGGAGAAGGGCGAGGCCGAAGAAAAGGUGCGCAGGGAUGACGCGGCCAGCCGCCGCGGAGCGAGGCGCCAGGUUAAGAUGUCCAUCGACAUCAUGGGUCGGAGGGUGAUCGAGACGCAAGAUCCAGGAGAGGGCCGGGCUGAUGGCGGCGGCGGGGAGGGCGAGGCGGAUGACGAUGCAUCCAAGAAGACCCAAGGGGUCUCGCUGGACUUUGGCUCUUCCUCCGCUGCGGGAGGCGGUGCUGCUGGCAGCAGCGCUGGCGCUGCUGCCGCCGGGAGCAUCGGCGAAGAGGCGGGCACGUCCGGCGCUGGUAACGGCAACCAGCGGCUCUCGCUCGAAAACACCGGGCUUCGUGGCCGUGCCAAGGAAGUGUACGACGUCAUGCGAGCGAACCUGGACAAGAAAAGCCGUCGCCGACGGCCGCGCGGGGCUGGCGGCAAAGCGGUCGCAGGUAGCAGAAUCGUCGGCGCUGUACCGGAAACGUCCCGCGUCAAUCUUUGGCGUGUGCAGCACGACGUCGAUUCGGACGACCUGUUGCGGCAGAGCCAAGCAAGCGGGGGCGGCGGCGGUGGUGGCGCCGGCGACGGCGGCGGGUUCGGCAAGUUCGAGCCAGCAGAUGAGCUGGCGUGUGCAAGAUAA